UUCUACUAUUUGUAUAGCAUUAUCUUUUUGAAGGCGGCACACACUGCGCAAGCAUUCCGAGUCCGACGCAGUAGUAGUAGAGCUCUUUUUUUCUUAGCAAUGGGAGUUGUGAUGGAAGAUUUCCUGAAGCAGUGCCAACACUCAGGUGACGCAGCCUACACUGCCAUCCGAUCACUACUGGAGCGCCUCGAGGAUCCGACUACUCGAACCGAUGCCCGGAUUUUCCUCUCUCAGCUCCACAAACGAUUCCACUCCAAGGAAGCCUCCGAGUCCUGUCUGCAGACCUACCAUUUUCAAAUUCAGGACAUAUAUCUUGAACAACAUGAAGGUUUCCAGAAGAGGAGGAAACUCACCAUGAUGGUAAUACCCAGUAUCUUUAUGCCAGAGGAUUGGUCAUUCACCUUUUAUGAGGGGAUCAACAGGCAUCCGGAUUCUAUUUUUAAGGACAGGACAGUAGCAGAGCUUGGCUGUGGGAAUGGAUGGAUAUCCAUAGCAAUAGCUGACAAGUGUUCACCAUUAAAGGUCUACGGGCUUGAUAUUAAUCCAAGAGCAGUUAAGAUUUCCUGGAUAAAUCUGUAUAUGAAUGCUUUGGAUGAAAAUGGCAACCCAAUUUAUGACGAGGAGAAUAAAACUCUUCUUGACAGAGUUGAAUUUCAUGAAUCUGAUUUGCUGUCUUACUGCAGAGAUAAUAAUAUUGAACUUGAGCGAAUUGUGGGGUGCAUACCACAGAUACUUAAUCCUAAUCCAGAUGCAAUGUCCAAAAUGGUUACUGAAAAUGCCAGUGAAGAAUUCUUACAUUCGCUGAGCAACUAUUGUGCUCUCCAGGGAUUUGUUGAAGACCAGUUUGGCUUAGGAUUAAUUGCUCGUGCAGUUGAAGAAGGUAUAUCUGUUAUAAAACCUCUCGGGAUUAUGAUUUUUAAUAUGGGAGGCCGCCCAGGACAAGCUGUUUGCAGACGUUUGUUUGAGCGUCGUGGUUUGCGUGUUGACCAGCUAUGGCAGACUAAAGUUCUUCAGGCUGCUGAUACAGACAUUUCAGCUUUGGUUGAAAUUGAAAAGAAUAGCCCACACCGUUUUGAGUUCUUCAUGGGUCUAGCUGGAGACCAACCAAUUUGUGCCCGGACAGCAUGGGCCUAUGCUAAGGCUGGCGGUCGUAUUUCUCAUGCUCUAUCAGUAUACAGUUGUCAGCUCCGUCAACCUAAUCAGGUGAAAGAGAUUUUUGAGUUUCUCAAAAAUGGGUUCCAUGACAUCAGCAGCAGUUUAGAUUUGUCAUUUCAAGAUGACUCUGUUGCUGAUGAGAAAAUUCCAUUCCUAGCUUAUCUUGCUAGUGUUCUGAAAAAGAAUUCUUUUCUUCCAUAUGAACAACCAGCUGGAAGUAGACGAUUCCGUAAUCUUAUCUCUGGUUUUAUGAGAACAUACCAUCAUAUUCCACUAACAGCAGAUAAUGUUGUUGUAUUUCCUUCGAGGACAGUGGCGAUAGAAAGUUCUUUACGUCUGUUGUCUCCUCGCCUUGCCAUUGUUGAUGAGCAAUUGUCUCGGAAUCUACCAAAACAAUGGUUGACAUCGCUAAAUGUUGGGAAGACAGAAAGUGGGAAACAUUCAGUGGGAGGUGUUGCAGUCAUUGAAGCACCACGGCAGUCAGAUUCAAUGGUGGAGCUGAUCAGAAAAUUGAAGCCAGAGGUGGUAGUCACUGGGAUGACUCAAUUUGAGUCGGUCACCAGUUCAGCAUUUGAGCGUCUUACAGAUAUCACGCGAGAAAUUGGUUGUCGGUUGUUCGUAGAUAUAUCAGACCACUUUGAGCUAUCGAGCCUUCCAAGUUCCAACGGUGUCCUUAAAUAUCUUGCUGGGAAUGUUCUUCCUUCACAUGUAGCUAUUGUAUGUGGCUUGCUGAAAAAUCAGGUUUAUUCGGAUUUGGAAGUGGCCUUUGUCAUAUCAGAAGAGGAGGCAAUGUUUAAAGCAUUAUGCAAAACUGUUGAACUCUUACACGGGAACUCUUCAGUUAUUAGCCAGUACUAUUAUGGCUGUCUUUUUCAUGAGCUUCUAGCUUUCCAGCUUGCUGAUCGGCACUCACUUCCUGAGAGAAGUGUUGAGAAGACAAGAGCUUUUGAGGUCAAUGGCUUCUCUAGUUCUGCUAUCUCCAGACUUGAUCAUGCUGAGUUGGCAGUGAAUGAAUCUGAUGAAUUUCCUGUAGUACAUAUGGAUGUCAACCAAAUAUUUUUGCCUAUAACAACACCAGUCAAGGCUUCCAUAUUCGAGAGUUUUGCUAGACAGAAUAUUUCAGAUUCUGAAACGGAUAUUACAAGUGGAAUUAGAGAAAUGAUCAGCACCAGUUAUGGCUUUCCAUCAGACAGCAACUCUGAGUUCAUCUAUGCAGACAGUACCGUGGCACUUUUCAAUAAGUUGGUACUUUGCUGCAUCCAGGAGGGUGGGACAUUGUGCUUUCCUACUGGCUCAAAUGGAAACUAUUUAUCUGCUGCGAAAUUUUUGAAUGCAAAAAUUGCAAACAUUCCAACCAAUCCAGAAGUAGGAUACAAGCUGACUGAAAAAACACUUGCUGGCGCAGUCGAGAAUAUUAAUAAACCUUGGGUUUACAUCUCUGGUCCUACUAUCAGUCCCACUGGCUUGCUUUACAGUAAUGAAGAGAUCAAUAAAUUAUUAUUAGUAUGUGCUAAGUUUGGAGCAACGGUUAUUCUAGAUACUUCAUUCUCAGGCGUUGAGUUUAACUCCAAGGGAUUCGAGGGUUGGAAUUUGACGGGUACCCUGGAGAAACUUUCAUCUGCUCACCCAAACUUUUGCACGGCUCUUCUUGGGGGCCUAUUCUCUAAGAUGCUGACUGGCGGGAUAAAAUUUGGGUAUCUGCUCAUCAAUCAGCCCUCUCUGAUCGAAACAUUCCACAGCUUUGCAGGAUUAAGCAAACCUCAUAGAACUAUCAAAUACACUGUUAAAAAGUUAUUGGAUCUUAAAGAUCAGAGAACAGGGGAUCUACUGAAUUCCACUUAUGAGCUCACAGAAUUCUUGGCAGGCAGAUAUAAACAAUUGAAAGAGAGGUUGGAAGCCUGUGGCUGGGAGGUUCUUGAAGCCCAAGCGGGUGUAUCCAUCAUCGCAAAGCCAUCAACUCUCCUUGGCAAGACCUUCAAGAUAAACAAAGGUGAUAGCACUUGUGAGUUUAAGCUUGAUGACUCAAAUGUCCGAGAAGCCAUGCUUAGGGCUACUGGUCUGUGCAUCAAUAGUGCUUCCUGGACUGGAAUUCCUGGUUUUUGCUGUUUGACUAUGGCCUUGGACGACAGUGAUUUCGAGCGUUCACUAGAAUGCAUUUCUAACUUUAAAAGCUUGGUAUGUUAAGCUUUGAAUCACCCUUUGGUUUACUCGUGACUGAUUCUGGAAUAACAUUUUCUUCAGAUUGAAGUAAUAAUAUUAGAGGUGUUGCAUUGUAUCA